AUGCCUCGGAAGCAGCAGGCUGACUGCAUCGUUCUCUUCACAUUCCUGGGUCUGUCUGGGCUGGUUGGUGCAGUUACCAGAACAUACCACAUUGGGAUUGUGGAAGAAUACUGGAACUAUGUACCCCAAGGGAAGAACGUUGUUACUGGAGGAAGUUUUUCAGAAGACAAACUUGCAACCUUAUUUCUUGAAAGAGGGCCAAACAGGAUAGGUGGUCUUUACAAAAAGGCUGUUUACAGACAUUACACAGAUGAGACCUAUUCCACGGAGAUCCCCAAACCUCCCUGGCUUGGAUUCCUGGGCCCUAUCUUGAGGGCUGAAGUGGGUGAUGUGAUUGUCAUCCAUUUAAAGAACUUUGCUUCCCGACCAUACUCUUUGCAUCCACAUGGCGUUUUCUACAACAAAGAUUCAGAAGGAGCCCUAUACCCAGAUGGAACUUCUGGAAGAAAUAAGAAUGAUGAUAUGGUUCCUCCUGGCAGAAACUACACCUAUGUCUGGCCAGUGAGAGAAGAAUAUGCCCCUGCUCCAGCGGAUGCCAACUGUCUGACCUGGGUGUACCAUUCACACAUUGAUGCUCCUAAGGACAUCUGCUCUGGGUUAAUUGGCCCGCUCCUGGUGUGCAAGGAAGGUGUCCUGAAUAAAUAUUCAGGGGCAAGGACAGAUGUGGACCGAGAGUUCAUUAUAAUGUUUACUCUGGUGGAUGAGAAUCAAAGCUGGUACCUUGAUGAAAAUAUCAGACAUUUCUGCACCAACCCUGAUUCAGUUGACAAAAAAGAUGCUGUUUUCCAGAGAAGUAACAAAAUGCAUGCCCUCAAUGGAUACCUCUUUGGAAACCUCCCAGAGCCUGAGAUGUGUGUUGGUGAAUCAGUGUCCUGGCACCUCUAUGGGAUGGGGAACGAGAUAGACAUCCAUUCCAUCUAUUUUUAUGGCAACACAUUCAUCAGCAGAGGGCAUCGGACUGAUGUCGUCAACCUGUUCCCAGCCACCUUCCUGACAAUGGAAAUGGUAGUUGAGAAUCCUGGGAAGUGGAUGAUAACUUGCCAAGUUAGUGAUCACCUACAAGCUGGCAUGCUGGGACAAUAUAAUGUUGGUAACUGCAAAGGUGAUAUUCCUCACCCCAAAAUGAAGGGUCAACAGAGGCACUACUUUAUAGCAGCUGAAAAAGUCCUUUGGGAUUAUGCUCCUCAAGGCUAUAACAAAUUCAGUGGUCUUCCCCUAAAUGCAUCUGGCAGUGACUCCGAGCUCUACUUCACACAAGGGGACAACAGAAUUGGAGGAAAAUAUUGGAAGGCUCAGUAUAUGGAGUAUAUUGAUGCAACUUUUACUCGAAGAAAGAGACUCUCUGAGGCAGAAGCCCAUCUUGGAAUUCUUGGCCCCGUCAUCCGGGCAGAGGUGGGUGAUACCCUGCUAGUGACCUUUGCCAACAAAGCCGACAAAGUCUACAGUAUUUUGCCCCAUGGCGUGAUCUAUGACAAGGCCUCUGAUGCAGCCCCAAACAUAGAUGGAUUUCUGAAGCCAGGGGCUCAUGUGAAUCCAGGUGAAACCUUCACAUACAAGUGGACGGUGCCUGAGAGCGUAAGCCCGACAGCAGGUGAUCCCCCCUGUCUGACCUAUCUUUACUUCUCAGCGGUGGAGCCUAUCCAGGACACCAGUGCUGGCCUUUUGGGGCCCUUGCUAGUCUGUAAGAAGGGUGCUCUCAAUGCCGAUGGGACACAGAAGGGAAUAGACAAGGAAUUUUACCUACUAUUCACAGUCUUUGAUGAGAACUUGAGCAGGUAUCUUGACGAAAACAUUCAGAGGUUCACAUGGCGCCCCUUCAGUGUUGACAAAGAAGACAAGGAUUUUGUGAACUCCAACCGGAUGCAUGCUAUUAAUGGCUUUAUGUUUGGCAACCAACUGGGCCUAACCAUGUGCAAAAAAGAUAGAGUUUCCUGGCAUAUGAUUGGAAUGGGCACCGACACGGAUAUGCAUGGAGUUUAUUUUCAAGGGAACACCAUCCACAUACGAGGGACUCACCGCGACACUCUAGCCCUGUUUCCCCAUACCUCCACUACGGUUUUCAUGCAGCCGGACCAUGCAGGUAUUUUCAGGCUAUUUUGUUCCACCAUGCACCACUUUGUGAGAGGCAUGAAUCAGAUCUAUGAGGUCAACAGCUGUGGCAACAAGGACCCUUCAGAGCAGCCAUACGGGAUGAUAAGAACCUUUUACAUCGCCGCUGAAGAGGUAGAAUGGGAUUAUGCCCCUAACAAAAACUGGGAGUUCGAAAAGCAGCACUUGGACACAGGAGGGGAAAGACAUGGAGAUAUAUUUAUGAACCACACUGAAAACUGGAUUGGCUCUCAGUACAAGAAGGUGGUUUACAGAGAAUACACUGAUGGAGAAUUUGUGGAGAUCAAAGCCCGACCGCCACGAGAGAAACACCUGGAACUCUUGGGCCCAAUGGUUCAUGCUGAGGUGGGCGACUCCAUCCUGAUCAUAUUUAAGAACAAAGCCAACCGGCCCUACUCCAUCUCAGCCCAAGGUAUUGCAGACAUGGACAGCGGAAAGCAGCUCCAAGCAUCUGUCACAAAGCCAGGAGAAAUAAACACGUACAGGUGGAAUGUCCCUAAAAGAUCUGGUCCAGGACCAAAUGACCCAAAUUGUAUUCCAUCAGUUUACUAUUCAACAGUAAACUUUGUGAAGGAUACAUAUAGCGGUUUGAUGGGUCCUCUGAUUAUUUGCAGAGAAGGAGUGUUGAAUGAAAAGGGAAGAAGAAGUGAUGUUGAUUAUGAAUUCGUUCUCUUGUUUUUGGUAUUUAAUGAGAAUGAAUCCUGGUAUCUGGAUGACAAUAUUAAGAAGUAUCUCAAUAAAGAUCCACGAAAUUUUAAGCGCACUGACGAUUUUGAAGAGAGCAACAAAAUGCAUGCUAUCAAUGGAAAGAUUUUUGGGAAUCUCCAUGGCCUUAUCAUGAAUGAAGAUACGAUGACGAACUGGUAUCUGUUGGGAAUGGGAAGUGAAGUGGACAUACAUACCAUCCAUUAUCACGCUGAGAGCUUUCUUUUCAAAAUAGAUAAAUCUUACCGAGGAGAUGUGUAUGAUCUCUUUCCUGGGACAUUCCAAACCAUUGAGUUGUUUGCUGAUCACCCAGGGACAUGGUUGUUACACUGUCACGUGUCUGACCACAUCCAUGCUGGCAUGGAGACAACCUACACAGUCCUUCGGAACAUAGACAACAGGAUCCCUUACUCCACGAAAUCUCCAUCUGGAGGAAAAUCCCACCCAGCCACAGUGCCCCCCAAUGGAGAACCUGGCAAGGAGCAGCUCUAUUUCUUUGGCAAGAAUCUGGGUCCUAGGGGAGCCAAAGUAGCCUUGGUCAUCCUCUUCAUCAUUGGACUCCUCCUCCUGAUCUCCACAGUGAUUCUCUCCCUCAGACUGCGGUCGGCAAGGAAGCAGGUCGCAUACCGGGAAGUCCAGUCCUGCGCACUCCCCACGGAUGCUUUGUGAACCAGCUGGUCGUCCUCAGCAGGGAAACUGGACAAGGCAUCGUUCAUCAAGACAGGUUUACAUUAUACCUUGGAUCAGGCUUUGAUCCUCCAGAACACAAUCAUAGCAAUUUGCUUUUACUUAUUUAUUUUUUUAAUGGGCUGUGAAUAAUCCUCAGGUAUAAAAUACAGAAAGAAGAACAGGUGUGACUGAGAAAACACAGUCUGUUCUCU